AUGGCACCUCACAAGUUGGAAGAUUCGCCCGAGCCGGUGCCCGACCUGGUCCCGGUCUCCCACAAAGCCACUAAGAUCUCCAUUGAUGACUCUCCGGCCGACUUGGUCCAAAACCUCUCACAGCUUCUGGCCCGGGCUGCUGCAACAGAUGCCGGCCUAGUAUACUACACGCCCGGGACGGUACCCCAUAUACCGCUCCGCCUUUCCUAUGCUCAGCUUCUAGAAGAGGCUAAGAAGAAGUCGCGACUCCUCCACAGCAUCAACGGAAUCUCCCAGCAGUCUAUUAUCCUUCUCCAUUUCGAUAGCCAGUAUGAAAAUAUCGUCUGGUUCUGGGCAUGUACGCUCGGAGGCUUUCUUCCGGCGAUCUCAACCCCUUUCGUCGCAGACCCUGUACAACGGAAGAAACACUUGCUACAUCUCCAGACUCUGCUGAACCAACCCGUCGUUCUGACUACAACAAAUUUGAUCCCGGAGUUCCUUGGAGUGGAGGAACUAUCACUGCAUGCCGUUGAGUCUCUGGCCGUGGUCAAUGGCCAUGAUGUCGCAGAGAGUUCCGCAGUGGUCAAGAGCAAGGACGAAACUGCUGUGCUUAUGCUCACCUCUGGGUCGACUGGGAAUGCUAAAGCAGUGCCUCUUCGACAUGGCCAGCUGCUUGCCGCCGUCCAAGGCAAAAGUGAGCAUCACGGAACCAAGAAUGGAGAUGUCUUCCUGAACUGGAUUGGAUUGGAUCAUGUUGCGAGCUUGACCGAGAUUCAUUUGCAUGCGAUGAGCCUGAGCAGUGACCAGGUUCACGUACCAGCCUCGGAGAUGCUUCAGGACCCUCUGAACUUCGUGCGGCUGCUAGAUGCCCACAAGGUCGUCUACACCUUUGCACCCAACUUCUUCCUUACCAAGGUCUUAGAUGGUCUCAUUUCUGCGGGUCCCUCCUUCAACGCGGACCUAUCGCACCUUCGCGCCUUCAUUUCGGGUGGCGAAUCAAACGUCGUUGCAACCUGUGAUGCCUUGACUAAAGAAUUUGGUCGCUUUGGGCUGCAAGACGAAGCCAUUCGACCCGGAUUUGGCAUGACAGAGACAUGUGCGGGCUCUAUCUAUUCCAAGGCCUGCCCCUCGAGCGAUCUCGCAAGGAGCCUAGAGUUUGCCAACCUCGGGACUUGUAUUCCCGGCUUGGAAAUGCGCAUCAUGAAGCUCGACGAGACCGGGCCUGCCAAAUCAGGCGAGGCUGGACACUUGCAAGUUUUCGGGCCCGUACUGUUCGAUCACUACUUCAACAAUCCUGAGGCCACACAGGCAGCUUUCACUGAGGAUGGCUGGUUUGCGACUGGAGAUUUGGCAUAUAUCGACGACCGGGGAAGUCUCAACCUCACAGGCCGCAGCAAGGACACGAUUAUUGUUAAUGGCGUGAAGUGGAGCUCGACUGAGAUUGAGACCGCCAUCGAAGAGGAGGGAAUCUCCGGCGUCGUCCCGUCCUUCACUGUUGCUUUUCCCCACAGAGCACCCAACUCUGCCACAGAAGACAUAUGUGUUGUCUACUCACCCAACUAUCCUGCUGAGGACGAUGCUUUGCGUUUCGAGACUGCAACUGCCAUCUCCAAGACUGUGUCGCACAUUUGCGGCAAGAAGCCUGAUUAUCUCAUCCCCUUGCCUAUACAGCUGCUGGAGAAGUCCUCUCUGGGCAAGAUUUCACGGACCAAGGUCCGUGCUGCAUUUGAGAAGGGAGAGUAUGAUGCCCUUCAAGCUGAGGACGCUGCCGCACUCGAACGCCACCGUGCAAGUAUAUGGCAAGAAGCACAGACCGAAACUGAGAAGGCGGUGCAGGAUGUUCUGGCCGGGUUACUCAAUAUCACGGGAGAGCAGAUAAGCAUGAAGGCGUCUAUCUUUGAGCUCGGGGUAGAUUCAUUCAACCUAAUCACUCUGAAGUCGCUGCUGCAAAAGACGCUCAACGCCCCCGUCGACAUUCCAAUAUCAAUUCUCCUUACUGAGCCAACUGUUGCUGCUAUUUCUGCCGCCAUUGACUCGCUGCUAUCAAAGCCCAUCGUUUACGACCCUAUCGUGCCUCUACAGCGUCAGGGCUCGAAGACGCCGCUCUUCUGCAUUCAUCCAGGAUCAGGCGACAUCCUCGUCUUCAUUGCCCUUGCCGCCCACUUCUCCACGAGACCGGUCUAUGCCAUCCGCACUCGCGGCUAUAACCCGAACGAGCGCCUCUUCACCUCCAUCAAGGAGACAGCCGACACGUAUGCUGAGCACAUCAGGAAGACGCAGCCCGAAGGCCCGUACGCCAUCGCCGGCUACUCCCUGGGCUCGACCCUCGCGUACGAGGUUGGCAAGGUGCUCGAGGCGCAGGGCCAAGAGGUCAAGUUCCUCGCCAGCAUUGACUACCCGCCGCACAUCAGGCGCUACAUCAAGGGCCUGGACUGGGUUGAUGUCCUGCUGCAUAUUGCCUUCUUUCUAGAGCUUAUCGAUGAGCCGACCAUGGUCGAUAUCACUCCCAAGCUCCACGCCAUGGGCACCCGGGCUGAAGCUCUCGCCUACAUUUUGGAGAUCGGCGACAAGGAGCGCGCCGUGGCGCUCGCCAUCGAUGACGCGAAGCUCGAGCUUAUCAGCGACAUUGCCGAGAACUUUAGGGUUAAUGUGGAAGAGUACGAGCCCAUUGGCAAGGUCGAGAACCUCGAUGUCUUCGUGGCAGACCCUCCGACGUAUGCGGCUGAUGGGCGCAAGGACUGGCGAGAGAACAAGCUGGGCAAAUGGACAGACUUCAGUCGCACCGAGACUGUAUUCUGGGACUGCCCGGGUAUCCAUGCCAAGAUGCUAAACACGCAGCAUAUGGCGGACUUUGCGAGGAUCUUCAAGAGAGCGAUGAAGAGGCGAGGGGUCUAG